UCCCUUGUCGUAAUAAGCAAAAGCAAUUGUAGUGUAAAGCCCAGUGCGCACCGACUACUGAUUACUGAGAUAGGGUUUGGAUGAUAGAUAAGAACAAAAAAGGGAUUAAACAUUAUGAUGAAAUCGGAUGGUAGAAAAGCAACAAUAGUUUGAAGGAGUCCAUAGAGACUGCGAAACAGGUGUAGAAGAGCCGAGCCCCCUCCCUCCUCGCCGGAACCCCCGCCUUAUCGACUCACACUCCCCCCUCCCGCGCGCAGAGUCUGUCUUUGUGCCUUCUCCAGUAAGAUUGUGCUUCUAAUUGUUCUCCGAACAAAAACGUACAUCAAAGGCAUCUCCUUUUGCUAGGAUUUCUCAUUUGAAAGAAACCCUAGAACUACCAAACGUCUAUGAAGUUCGGGUCUUCUUUUCUCUGCCUGACCUAGAUAGUUGCUGUCGUCUUGGGGAUGGAUAACGAGGUGAUCGAAUUUGAUACAGGUUUGGGCGGAGGAGGUAACAGUGGCCGCGAUGGAGGUGAUGAUGCGUUUGACAUUGAGCACCCGGUCGAUGACGACGACAUGGCUGAUAGCCCACUUCCGUCUACUGCGACUUCUGGUAUUUUUGAUGCUUCUGCUUAUUGUAACGGUGGCGGUGGCGAAAUCUACCUUCCUGAAGGGGACCUGUUGGAUCUAGAACCUUAUGAAGGGAUGGAAUUUGAGUCGGAAGAAGCCGCUAAAGCCUUCUACAAUUCAUAUGCUCGCCGUGUCGGCUUCAGUACUCGCGUCAGCUCUUCCCGCCGAUCAAGGCGUGACGGUGCUAUCAUACAGAGACAAUUCGUCUGUGCCAAGGAGGGGUUUAGGAAUUUGAAUGAGAAGCGGACCAAGGACAGAGAGAUCAAGCGUCCUAGGACGAUCACUCGAGUUGGUUGCAAAGCCUCCUUGUCCGUGAAGAUGCAGGAUUCUGGGAAAUGGAUUGUCUCCGGAUUCGUCAGAGGGCAUAACCAUGAGUUGGUUCCUCCUGAUCAGGUUCAUUGCCUUCGGUCUCAUAGGCAAAUCUCAGGGCCUGCGAAGACCUUGAUUGAUACCUUGCAGGCUGCUGGAAUGGGGCCUCGUAGGAUCAUGUCUGCGUUGAUUAAGGAAUAUGGUGGGAUUAGUAAAGUUGGCUUUACAGAGGUUGAUUGCAGGAAUUACAUGCGAAAUAAUCGGCAGAAGAGUUUAGAAGGGGACAUUCAGCUCCUCUUGGAUUACUUGAGACAAAUGAAUGCAGAUAACCCCAAUUUCUUCUAUGCUGUGCAAGGUGAUGAGGAUCAGUGUAUGAGCAAUGUUUUUUGGGCUGAUCCUAGGGCCAUGAUCAACUAUACUUACUUCGGAGACACAGUGACCUUCGACACUACUUAUCGAUCAAACAGGUACCGCUUACCUUUUGCCCCAUUCACUGGAGUGAAUCAUCAUGGACAGCCUGUGUUGUUUGGUUGUGCCUUCUUAAUAAAUGAAUCGGAAACAUCAUUUGUUUGGCUCUUUAAUACUUGGCUGAUGGCUAUGUCUGGUCGCGCUCCUGUGUCUAUCACCACUGAUCAUGAUUCAAUAAUAAGAUCAGCCGUAACCCAAGUUUUCCCACAAACUCGUCACCGGUUCUGCAAAUGGCACAUCUUUAAAAAAUGCCAGGAGAAGUUGUCCCAUGUCUUUCUUAGACAUCCAACUUUUGAAGCUGACUUCCACAAAUGUGUUAACUUGACCGAUUCAAUUGAGGAUUUUGAAUCCCAUUGGUUGUCGUUGGUUGAUAGAUAUGAACUCAGGGAGCAUGAGUGGCUUCAAGCAAUGUACUUAGAUCGCAGGCAGUGGGUCCCUGUAUAUUUACGAGAUACCUUCUUUGCCGAAAUGUCCAUAACCCAGAGAAGUGAUAGUAUGAACUCAUACUUUGAUGGGUACGUGAAUGCUUCAACCAAUUUAAAUCAGUUCUUUAAGCUUUACGAGAAAGCCUUAGAGAGUCGAAAUGAGAAAGAAGUGAAAGCUGAUUAUGAUACAAUGAACACUUCUCCGGUUUUAAAGACUCCUUCUCCUAUGGAGAAACAAGCAUCUGAAUUUUAUACAAGAAAACUGUUCACAAGAUUUCAAGAUGAGCUAGUGGGGACACUAACAUUUAUGGCAUCUAAGGCUGAUGAUGAUGGGGGCACCAUUGCAUAUGAAGUAGCGAAAUUUGGGGAGGAUCAUAAAGCUUACCAUGUUAAGUUCAUUGUUUUGGAGAUGAAGGCAACUUGUACUUGCCAGAUGUUCGAAUUUUCAGGUCUUCUUUGCAGACAUAUAUUGGCGGUCUUUAGAGUGACCAACGUGCUUACUCUCCCGUCUCAUUACAUUUUAAAACGGUGGACCAGAAAUGCUAAGAGCAGUGUUAUAUUGGAAGAACGUACUUCGGAUGUAUAUACAAGUUAUCUAGAAUCUCACACUGUUCGAUACAAUACCUUACGUCAUGAGGCCUUCAAAUUUGUAGAAGAGAGUGCAAAGUCUUUUGAAACUUAUGAUAUUGCAAUGGCUGCUCUGCAAGAGGCUGCAAAAAGAGUCGUUCUCGCAACAAAGAACGAGGGUAGAAUUGCCAUCAAUGGACGUAUUAAGGGGGACUCUUCAACUGAUGGAACUCGAGCCAAGAAUACUAGUGGGGAUCAUCUGGGAAUCUCUAGCCAACAUUUAUAUGAGGAUGAAAUGGACAAGAAGAUUCGGGAGCUUACCAAUGAAUUGGAGUUUGCCAAUCGGAAGUGUGAAGUUUAUCGGGCUAACCUCCUUUCAACUUUGAAAGACAUUGAGGAUCAUAAGCUACAAUUGUCCAUCAAAGUACAGAACAUAAAAAUUAGUAUGAAAGAUGGCUUCUAAAGGUGCUUAAUGGCCUUGUCACUCUAGUGUCUUCCUCCAUGCCACCUUCCCCCUCUAACCAGGGCCAAGCCUAUAUAUACUUGAAGAUAGUUUUUAUGAACAAGGCUGUUUGUCAAUCUUUGGAUGGUGUAGAAAUAGGGGGCUUUUCAAUUUCUGUUUUGUUGUACAGUGUACUAGAUGCUUUUAAUGAAAUUGCAGUUACUCUGUGUCUUUUCAAGUUCAAUGGUAAUGGGUUAUGGGUCCUUUGGUUGUAAACAUAUCAAGAAAUUUGUUGAUGACUUGCUCA